AUGUUUCAGCGAUCAGCUGGAUGCUUCCCUCAUUUUUGUGUUGCCCUCGAUGUCUUUCUCACAUUUGUCACCAUUCUCCGCUCCUUGUUGCUUCCACUACUGCCUCCGAGCAAAGCUUUCGUCCCUUCCAAACAAGAAGCCCAGCCCAAGAUGCCGUCGACCGAGAAAUCUGCGCUCCUUGAGAGAAUGAAGAAGCUUGUUGCGGAACAGGAGGCCGUGGUGGAUGUCCAGUUGCAAAAACAACUCGAGAAGGUGGAGGAUGCUAAGGAAGAGGACAUUACGAAAACCUCCGCUUUCAGGAGAAUGACUGCGACUCGACUGGUGAAGCGUGACGAUGGACGGACUCAGCUUGUCCGAGACUAUGGUGAUGCCGAGGAAACUCGCGAGGAAAGCACCGGCCGUGGAUCUUCGGAUGACGACCAGAGAGAGUAA